AUGCCAGAGAUGGAGAAAGGGAGACCACCGGAAAAUAAACGCAGCAGGAAACCCGCGCACCCCGUGAAGAGGGAGAUCAACCAGGAGAUGAAGACGUUUGCAGAAAGCACCAUGAACGAGCUGCUGGGAUGGUACGGAUACGACAAGGUGGAUCUCAGGGACUCGGAGGCCAAUGAGAUCAGGAACUACAGAGAGAGGCGUCAGCAUGUGUCUGUGCUGAAAGAAAACUCGUUGCCAAAACUCAAGGGCCCGGACGCCAAAGUCGGCCAUUCAGUCCUGGCCAUGAAGAGUGGGGAGAGAGAGUCCUCCAGUGUGCCCUCAUCUUCACCCUCCUCUUCAUCAACAUGUUCAACCCUGACCACCCCCAAAGAGCACAAGAGUGCCCCUGUAAUCGUCCCCCUCAUAAAGCCAUCAGCAGUGGAAGAUGUACAGAAUGUACAGAUUGUGUGCGUCUGGUGCCAGAAGGAAGGUGUGAAGCGUUAUUCUCUCUGUAUGGGCUCGGAGCUCAAGAGCUUCUGCAGUGAAAAGUGCUUCGCCGCCUGCAGACGGGCCUACUUCAAACGCAACAAGGCCAGAGAUGAAGACCUCCAGGGUGAGAGAUCCCCUCAGCACCAACAUACAGAGGACUCGCCCAGACUGGUGUUGAAAGUAAACAGCAAUGUCAGAGUAUGUGACUGGUGCAAGCACGUCCGCCACACGAAAGAGUACCUGGACUUUGGAUCCGGUGAGGAACGACUCCAGUUCUGCAGCACCAAGUGUCUGAAUCAGUAUAAGAUGGAUGUUUUCUACAGAGAAGCCCGUGCAGCUCUCACCAGCUCCAGCCCGAGCAGGCCCAGUCAGGAGGGGAGGGCGGACGGCGGCGGGGUCGGUGUCAGCGGGCAAAAUCUACUCACUCCUGACUCUUGGAACAGCAGCAACAGUAUGGGGGAAGCCCGUCAUAGAAACCUCUCCCCUAAAGGACCUGCACUAAUGCAUGGAUCAGCAGAAUCUGCCUCCAUCUCGUCCUCAGAGGCAUCCUCCUCCUCUUCUUCUUCUUCCUCUUCUUCCUCCAAGGUCCCUGUCUCUGGGCUGAGGACAAUGGAGAGACCCAUCCAGCCCCCUGCACAUCUGCCUGCCAUGGAGGUGUCACCCCACCCUGCUCAGCUUGGUCCUCUGCCUCAUCCUCGCUCCCAUCUGGACCAUCAACCAGUGCCUCAAAUCCCCAUCCCCUUCAUCAGACCUCCUCUUCAUGCUCAGGGCCUGAGAAGCCCCCACGCCAAUGCCUCCAGACACCCAGGACCCCCCUCUAGCCCCAUCCACAGACCUCCUCACUCUCCACGCAUGCAGCCUCCCAACUCCUCUUCCAUUAAUCCUCCUGGAAUGAUGCAUCCUUUUCCAGGAGCCUACUUCCCUGGCUUGCACUCCCCUCCCCUGAAUAUGAUGCCAAGAGGUCCCAUCCCAAUGCCUCACAUGAUGAACUAUGGUUAUCCCAAUUUUAGCCCUUUUCUGCCGCAUCCCACUGUCCUGGUCCCUUAUCCCAUCAUUGUUCCCCUACCUGUUCCCAUACCUAUUCCUAUUCCCAUUCCAUUCCCGUCGAAGUCAACCCCGGAACCUCCAAGUCACAGUGGAGUUAUCCAACCUGUGCCAGAGGGUGCAGACAGGGGUAGACCUAGGGCUACCAGGCUGCCAUCCCCAGGGGUCCUUGAAGCAGAGAGUAGAUUGGUAGCAAACAAGUUGGGUGGAGCCUUCACCCAGGGUCUCCCCUCCCCAAGUGAUCCCCACACAAGGGACACAGAUUGGGUUAAACUAGAGAGGCCAUUCCCAUCCCCAGCAUCCACACUCAACAGUGGAGCAUCCUCACCCAGAGCGCAGUACAACGAGUCUCUGUGCUCGGCUGCAGGGUCGGAGGUGCUGACAGACUAUAAGCAGCGGCAGUCAGAGCGACAAGUCAUCCAAAGGGUUCUUCAAAGGGCCCAAGUGAAGCUUGAGCCCAGUGCCAAUGGAGCGGUGGACCUAUCAGGGCUGGGGGAGUCAGGGACUGGGCAGGGUACCAGAUCCGGGUUCCACAACAUCAUCAUCAGACCCACCCCUCCGCUACCAGAGUCCCCCUCACAUGACACUGUCUACCACCACCAGGACUCCCACACUCCACCUUCACACACCCCGCCCAGCCCCACGGGGAGCAGCUAUCCGAAUGAAGUCACGUCCUGUGCUUUAAAAUCUCAGGACCACAGUCUAAAUGGUAUGUCCUCAUCGUCCGCGCCCUCCAGUCCAGACUCCUCCCAACCACAGAGAAUACCAGUGCCACCCCCUGACCCCAUGAUCAGCGAGCUGGAGGCCAUCAAAGAGAACAAGUGCUCUGUUGGCCCGGAGCGGGUCGAGGGCCCAGUCGCUCAGUCAGAAGAGACCCUAGCUGUAGUCGGGGAAGUGGGAGACGACCCUCAUGUUCCUGAUGAGGACCAUGCCUAUGCCCUUCCCACAGCGCCAAAGACAGGUGGGACCACCGCCCCACUGCUCUUGCCCAAACUCAGGGACAAGGGCAGCCUGCGGAGCCCUGCUAAUAUGCCCAGUGCUGGAGACAUGGAGCCAGCUCUGAAGAGGCGAUGCUUACGAAUCCGUGAUCAGAAUAAAUAG